AUGCCAACCCAUGAAGAUGGGAAUGUCUCAUGGCCCUCUUUGCAGGAGUUUGUGCUAGUGGGAUUUGAGGGUGGGCUGGAGACCCAGGCCCUACUCUUUGCUGUGUUCCUGGCCCUCUACGUGGUGACCAUGCUGGGGAACCUCACAAUGAUCGUGGUCAUCACGCUGGAUGCCCGCCUCCACUCUCCCAUGUACUUCUUCCUCAAGAACCUCUCCUUCCUGGACCUCUGCUACUCCUCUGUCAUCGCCCCCAAGGCCCUGCUCAACUUCUUCUCCUCGACCAGGAUCAUCACCUUUGCCGGCUGUGCCACCCAGCUCUUCUUCUUCUCCCUGAUGGCUACCACUGAGACUUUCCUUCUAGCCACCAUGGCCUAUGACCGCUUCCUGGCCAUCUGCAGUCCCCUGCAUUACCCAGUCACCAUGUGUCCCUCAGCUUGUGCCCGACUAGUUCUGGGCACCUACUGUGGAGGCUGCCUCAACUCCAUUGUGCAGACAAGUCUCACCUUCAGUGUCCCGUUCUGCAGCUCCCACCGCAUCGACCACUUCUUCUGCGAUGUGCCCCCCCUGCUCCGGAUCGCCUGCGCCAACAUAGUCCUCAAUGAGCUGCUCUUGUUUGGCCUCUGUGGGCUGAUCAUUGUGGGCACUACACUCGUGGUCCUCGUAUCCUAUGGCUACAUCACAGUGACCAUCCUGAGGAUGCGUUCACGGACCGGGAGAUACAAGGUUUUCUCCACCUGUGGUUCCCAUAUGACUGUGGUGUCCCUGUUUUACGGAACGAUCUUUGUCAUGUACGCCCAGCCAGGAGCCAUUCAGUCCAUGGAGCAGGGCAAAGUGGUCUCCAUCUUCUAUACCCUGGUUAUCCCCCUGCUCAACCCCCUCAUCUACAGUCUGCGGAACAAGGACGUGAGGGAAGCCCUGCGGAGGCUGGUCAGGAAGCAUGCAGUCAUGUGA